CUACUCAGGCUUAUACUUCUACUGAAGAUGAAACUGUUGCCACAGUAAUUGAGGAUGGAACCCAGGAAGAUAAAGCAGAAAACAUGGAGAGCAAAGCCAUGCCUACUCAGGCUUAUACUUCUACUGAAGAUGAAACUGUUGCCACAGUAAUUGAGGAUGGAACCCAUGAAGAUAAAGCAGAAAACACGGAGAUCAGAGCCAUGCCUACUCAGGCUUAUACUUCUUCUGAAGAUGAAACAGUUGCCACAGUAAUUGAGGAUGGAACCCAUGAAGAUAAAGCAGAAAACACGGAGAGCACAGCCAUGCCUACUCAGGCUUAUACUUCUACUGAAGAUGACACAGUUGCCACAGUAUUUGAGGAUGAAACCCAUGAAGAUAAAGCAGAAAACACGGAGAGCACAGCCAUACCUAAUCAAGCUCGUAUUUCUACUGAAGAUGAAACAGUUCAUUACGGAGAGAGCUUAUCAGAUGUUGCAACCUGUUCUCCUGAAUUCUGCAAGAAGUUAGGAAGGCUGGGAGAGGCAGCAUUCGCCGGCCCCUGCAGCCCGCAAUUUUGUCACUGUGAUACAGCUGACAGAGCUUGGUUGAAGACAUGUGGACCAGGAACGGUAUUCAAUCCUAUAUACAGAGUUUGUGAUUGGCCAGGGAAUGUAGGAUGUCCUCCUCAUACAGGAAUGGAAAGUGGACGCAGAGAAACGCACAUUGAAACUGAAAAAUCCAAGGCAGAAGAUUUGAAAACAAGAUUUGUUCCUGUUCCGGCACUGUCAUCCAAAAUAGCAGCUAAAAAAGUUCAUUACGGAGAGAGCUCAUCAGAUGUCGCAACCUGUUCCCCUCAAUUCUGCAAGAAGCUAGGAAGGCUGGGAGAGGCAGCAUUCGCCGGCCCCUGCAGCCCGCAAUUCUGUCACUGUGAUACAGCUGACAGAGCUUGGUUGAAGACAUGUGGACCAGGAACGGUAUUCAAUCCUAUAUACAGAGUGUGUGACUGGCCAUAUAAUGUGAUUGGAUGUUGA